UCAAAAGCCGUCUUUUAUUGACUUUCUAUCUUUUUGUGGUCCCCACACUCCAUCACCUCCUUCAACUGGGCUUUGCCUUUUUCCAGUCCUCAACCCCGAAAAUGUCGGGUCCACGGAAUCUACGGUUCCGAGCCGUCUCCGUAUAAGAUACAAUACAUAUACGGAUAUACCUUCUCAAACUUCUUUUGCAGGAGAAUUCUUAGAUUUUCUUUUACUAUUUUUUGGUUUUUUAUUUUUAUUUGUUUCUUCUCUUUUCUACCCACAAAAAGAUCCUGUCUUUGAUCUAUCGCAACAAAGAAGGUUAUAACUUGGAAGAAAGAAAAAAUUGAGCUCUUAAAAAAAAAAAAAUGCCGCCUUGCGCUGAUUAGCCAUGUACUUCUUAGCUUCAUGGCAUUCACGGAAGGUGGUAUUUUGACUUUUGAAGCCUAAAGAGAAAAAAAAAAACCAAAAAAUUAGUUUUUUGGAGGAAGGUUUGGUUUUUUUAUUAUGAAUCAACAGCUUUUUUUGUUGUUUGAUAGAUUGAAGAAAGGGUCUUUCAAGUGUGGAUAGAUUUGAUGGGUUUCAAGUGAUUAUCUUUCUGUCUCUCUCUCUCUCUCUCUCUCUCUCUCUCUCUCUCUCUUUUUUCAAUGGAGAAGAGAUUAAAGCCAUUCUUGAUGGUUCUUCUUCAUGGCUUUGAUUGGUUUCUUGAUUUCAAUGAAAACAGAGUUUGAUUUUUCACUGGUCAAUUGUUGAAGGGCUUGAAGAAUUUUAGUUUCUUUAGUUCUGUAUAUUGCCUAGGAGUAUUGUUUCAGGAACAUUCUCUUGAUUGUGUUCCUUCUUCUUCAAAGGAGGCAGAUAACAUAGAAGGGGAGCAAGAUAAAGGGAAGCUUUGGGUUUAAGGUUUUAUAGCGUUUGUAGUAUUUGGAGUGAAUUUCAAGGAUUUAAGAAAUGGCAGAAGAGGCUAAUUCUUGGAUUAGGAGAACAAAGUUUUCUCACACCGUUUGUCAUAGAUUGGACUCAUCUAAAUUUAUCUCUGUUCCUUUCCACCUACAAUCAGACAGUAAUCCAGACUGGAGUUUGGGAUGGAAACCAAGGUCAACAGUGGCUUCUUCUAAUCAGAAAGCAGUUCACAAUGAUAUACAGAUUCAGCGAAAUCCAAUCACAAACAAGCAAAGAUCUGUUUCUCCUCUUCCUCAGACUGUUCUCUCUGAUACAUUUAAGGAAGCAAGGUCUGAGAGCAGGAGAUUCUCAACUCCACAUCCUCGAAGGAAAGAAUCGGAGAAGCGACGCAUGGGAAAGUUUUUCCACAAAGAACCUCAUGACAAGAAAGGAUCCAGUUCACCAGCGCCAUCAAAUUCAAGUCCCCUUAGGCACGUAGGUUCCAUGAAAGUUUCAGAUAAGUCAAAGAGCAGGAAAGAAUCGGCUUGGACUAAGUAUUUUGACCAUGCUGGAGGAAGGGUUAACGCUGUAGAAGCAGCUGAUGAACACACUGUUGAACUUUCACAGCUAUUUCUUGGGCUUAGAUUUGCACACGGUGCGCAUAGCCGGCUUUAUCAUGGGAUAUAUAAGGAGGAAGCUGUUGCAGUUAAAAUUAUACGGGUACCAGAUGAUGACGAAAAUGGAAACUUAGCCGCACGAUUAGAGAAACAGUUCGAUAGAGAGGUUACUCUUUUAUCUCGACUCCACCAUAUGAAUGUUAUAAAGUUUGUAGCAGCAUGCAGAAAGCCACCGGUUUAUUGUAUUAUAACAGAAUAUUUAUCAGAGGGUUCAUUGAGGGCAUACUUGCACAAGCUUGAUCACAAGUUGCUUCCAUUGCGAAAGUUAAUUGCUAUUGCUCUGGAAGUUGCUCGUGGAAUGGAAUACAUUCAUUCUCAAGGAGUCAUUCAUCGUGAUCUUAAACCAGAAAACGUCCUUAUUGAUCAGGAUUUCCACCUGAAAAUUGCUGAUUUUGGUAUAGCUUGUGAGGAGACAUAUUGUGAUUUCCUGGCAGAUGACCCAGGGACUUACCGUUGGAUGGCACCUGAAAUGAUCAAAAGGAAAUCGUAUGGAAAGAAGGUGGAUGUGUACAGCUUUGGACUAAUCUUGUGGGAAAUGAUAGCUGGAACAAUCCCAUAUGAGGAUAUGAAUCCUAUCCAAGCUGCUUUUGCAGUUGUGAACAAGAAGUUGAGACCUGUUAUCCCAGGAGACUGCCCUCCUGCCAUGCGAGCUUUAAUUGAGCAAUGUUGGUCGUCGCACCCAGAUAAGAGGCCUGAAUUUUGGCAGAUAGUGAAGGUGUUGGAGCAAUUUGAGUCCUCACUUAAUCAUGAUGGAACCCUGAAUUUGGUACCGAACCCAACUUGCCAAGAUCAUAAGAAAGGGCUCCUUCAUUGGAUUCAAAAGCUUGGUCCCGUGCACCCUCACUCUAAUACCUAUACUUCACCUGUGCCUAAACCUAAAUUCUCAUGAAUCUUUAUUGUGACCUGGCUUUUGUAGUGUCACCGGGUCGGUCGAUUGUAAUUAAAAGGUUCGUUUUCUAAGCUUCUUCAUUUGUACUGUAUGUCACAUUCAUGUGGGAGUGUGAAUGAAUUAGAUCGGUAGGCAUGCAUCAAGGUGAAUGCAUCUUUUACUAUUAUACAUACACAACAAAUUAAGAUAUUGGCCCGAAAAGAAUUUAAAAAUCAUUUUCAUUUUAGAAAGUUUUAUGUUUCAGCUUCUUGGGAACAUUUUGCAUAUGCACAUGUGCAAACCGUGUUUAUAGCUGUGCAUACACAGGUUUUUUUUUUUUGUUUCUCUUCCAAAGAAAAAUACUUCGUGUGCACAAAUCAAAAAGAAAAAAAGUCUCUUCAUUUUAUAUAGUUCUGUCUAUUUUCAUUAAUUGCACAUAUUAAUGUUAGUUUAGCAACUAUACAUGGUUUUCCAGCAAGGUUUACCUCUAUGAUUUUGGAAGAUGAGUUACGUGAGAAUUUUGUCAUGGAAAGUUUAUUCAUUUUAUUGUAUAUUUCAUUUCAUGAAUGCAAUUUAUCAUGACUUGAAACUCGUUGGGUCAUUCACACCAUUCUUCUCUUCUAUUGUUUUAUCAAACUGGAUGCUAGUGUUAAUAUAUGUUUUGGUUCACAUGCAUUCAUUCAUUUCCCUUCCAUUUGUUUAAAUCUUCCAUUGGAAUUAAACCCCUGUUUUACUGUAAUUAAUUUCCCAUCGGAACUGAAUUUGUCAUGUAAUUUAAGCAUGUUCUUACAUUCAGCAUUAUCAUUACAAAUGAACCAUGCAUAUGUUAGUGUAAAUCCACUGAAAAAAGUUUCUUCCUGUUAGUUGAGUUUCGUUAAUAUUUUGGUUUCAGAAUUCAGGAAUCUGCCACUUCCUGAAGAGAAUUUCUUUUUUUUUUUUAAAUAAAAAAUUGAACAAAUUAUUUGUCAAAAAUAUGACAAUUUUAGGCAUAAAGCAAGUUAGCAGAACAUGUGUUCUCUCUUUUCGUAUGUGCAUUAUAAAAGAAAAAAGAAUAAUUAUGUUGGGGAUUACUCGGCCCAUGUCAUGUCCCAAUCUUGUGUAGGUACAAUGUAACCAAUAUGGUCCAUAUUAAUUAGUAGUGAGUUUUAAUUGGAGGGUGUCCCCAUCAAAUAUCAAAAUCAAUUUAUUUAAUUUUUGACCCGUUGUUGUUGGAUGAGCUACACCCACA